CAUUUCAAUGGAUCCUGCGUUUCCUAUAUCAUAACCUUCCUUACUUGUUUCCAAUUAAUUUUCCCCCUUUUCCACCUUUCAACUUUUCUUAAUUCUUAUUUUUGUGUCCUAAUGGCUGGGAUUUGCUGUCGUGUUGUUGGAGAGGCCGGAGAGACUCCCUCUCCGAUCGAGCCUACCUCACGCCCUUCCGCUCGCCGGAGUAUAGACCUCCUGCCUUUCAAGUACAUAGCUGACGUCCCAAUCCCGCCGCCGGAGAACACCCGCAAGCGCCAGAAGCUGGACGCCAGCGGUUCUCCGGCGCAGCCGCGGGAGUGCCAAAACGCCGUGGAGAGUUCCGAAUCCAAGGGAGUAGUCGAGGCAGUUUCACUUCCGAAUACUUCGAAGAUUCCUGCGUUUGUCGAGGAGUGCCCGAGGUAUGGGGUAACCUCGGUUUGUGGUCGGAGGAGGGACAUGGAAGACGCCGUUUCGGUGCAUCCCUCGUUUUGCCUCGAAAAUCGUUCUCAGGAUCAGAAAGGGUUUCAUUUCUUCGCUGUUUUCGACGGUCACGGAUGCUCGCAUGUGGCGACUAUGUGCAAGGAGAGAUUACACGAGAUAGUGAAGGAGGAGGUUGAGAAAGCGAAAGAGGAUUUGGACUGGGAAAUCACGAUGAAGAAGUGUUUCGCUCGCAUGGACGAAGAGGUGCAGAGGUGGAGCAAGAGCAAGGAAGCUCCCACUUGCAGGUGCGAGCUUCAGACUCCGCACUGCGACGCCGUCGGCUCCACCGCGGUCGUGGCCGUCGUCACGCCGGACAAGAUCAUCGUCGCCAACUGCGGCGACUCACGCGCCGUGCUGUGCCGGAACAACGUCGCCGUUCCACUCUCGGACGACCACAAGCCGGAUCGUGCGGACGAGUUGGUUCGGAUCGAAGGCGCGGGAGGGCGCGUGAUAUAUUGGGAUGGGCCUAGAGUGCUUGGAGUGUUGGCCAUGUCCAGAGCCAUAGGGGACAACUAUCUGAAGCCGUAUGUAAUUUCGGAACCGGAGGUAACGGUGACGGAGCGGAGUUGGGUGGAUGAGUGUCUGAUACUGGGGAGUGAUGGGCUUUGGGACACGGUGCAAAACGACACCGCUUGCAAGGUGGUGCGGAUGUGUCUUAACGCGCAGAAGGGGUCUCCGGAGAGAGACUUGGUGGAGGACUGCUCCGAUAAGGCCUGCUCCGACGCCUCCAUUCUGUUGACCAAGUUGGCGCUCGUCAGGCAGAGUUCCGACAAUGUCAGUGUGGUGGUGGUUGAUUUGAAGAGGGAUCAGGGUCAACAACACAAAGAAUUAAUUAAUUGAAGACAAAUACUCGUUAACUGCCUUCAACCUAAAAUGGGAACUUUGAUUUUGUGGAAUAUUGUUAUCAAGUAGCAGCUAUUUUAGUCCAUUGUAAUUCUGGGAAGAUCAUCAACAAAAGAUUAUUGGAAAUUAUAAGACUUGUAGAAACAAUUACUGUGUCAAUAAGGGGUAAAUCAGCCCCUUGAGACACCCAUGUUUAGUUUGUAAUUUUAUAUAUGGAGUAUAUAUCAAUAUAUAAUUGAAAUCACCUUCAAUCUAAAGCU